ACUUAACAUUUUUUUUCCUGAAAGAAGAAUUUAACUAAAAAUGUCCCGUAUAAACACUAUGUUCAUAAAAUUGAAUAAUUUUUGCAUGGGAGCAACAGCAAAUUGUUUCAGGUUUGAUGGGAUUUACUCGAAACGCAGAGCAGAAGAAAAACUGCGGGAAAUUGCAUUGUUGAACAUAGAGCAUAGCGAAGAUAGUUUAGAGUUUUGGAAUUUGAGGAUUAUGAACGAGAAUCACUUUUGGAAUAUGUUAAUGUGCAUCUGCGACGAUAUGCUAAUGCUUCUGAAUAAUUUAAUUAAGAGUGUUCAGGAGAAGAUCAGGAGCAUUCCUGAAUUACUUUUGCACGUCAAAUGCUUGCAGUCUAUGAUCAAGGAUUAUUUGCUUGUUGCCUUGGAUCAUCUGAUAGAACUCAAGAAUAUUGUGACGACUACAGGUCUAGACUGGAACGUUUGUUUUGAAGAAUUGAUCAGUUUAUUGGAAACUCAAGAUUUGAGACAGUGUCCAGUGCCAGCUACAAUAUCAUUGAAGAAAUUUCUUUAGCUCGUUUGAAUUCGUUCAAAAGACGCGCUGAGAUUGAAUUAAAGAGAAGCGUGUAUAUCGAAUGUGUAAAAACGUUCCCUGAAUUCGAGUUCUGCAUGAACGAUAACGGAUUGAUAACGGAAUGGGUAAAAGAUAAAGCCAAAAUGGAAGUCAUCUAUUGGAAUACACUCACUAAUGAGCUCAAUAAAUUACAGAAGGCAUUAAUGAUUUGCAUGAUUUUAAUUGUAGAACAGAUGGAGGACAAUAGUAGUAACGUGAUAAGUAAUAGAAUAGAGACGUGGACUGGACCUUUGGAUCACUUUAUACAAACCAUUCAGUUAUAUAUGAAAAUUUCGACGGGGUCAAUUGAAGCUAUAAAGCAGAAAACGGGAAUUCAGGAUUUCUUUGAUCAGAUGACUUUGAAUGAUGAAAUAUCCAUUGGAUUCGCAGCUAAAUUGGAAGAAUUGUUCACGAAUUGCAAAGAGUUUAUCGAUGAAGUUUUACUUUUAAUAAAAGUUCAUAGAUUUUAAAUUUUUGACUAAAAUAAUAUUGUAUAUACAUGU